GUUUUUAGAGUCGGACCACGCUAAAUUUUCAUGCUAAGUUGUGCAAAGUUAGCGUAGUCAGAGUCUAAUAUAUGUUUCUAACGUCAUUCUGCAAAAUUAAAGACCUCUACCCAUUACAACAAAUCGAAUGCGAUUUUAAAUAAUGACUGGCUAAGUAGGUGCAACGAAUUCAAUCGAUAAAUCUAAUGACACAAUAUAAUACAACGCAUGCAAUUUUGGAUUAUAUGUGUAGAGGCAAUUAUAAAAUCUCUGUUACCUUGUUAAUGGCAAAAUCUCUAUUACCUUGCAACACUACCGUUCAUUUGUCAAACUGUCAUUCACUUCGUGCAACCGCUAGCGAAAUGUCUGAAACUGCCGGUGAUAAUUCAAAACCACGAGUUGUUGUAUUAGGAGGCUGCGGCUUCAUCGGUCGGAAUCUGGUGGACUAUUUGAUAUCGAAUGAUUUGGUGAGCGGUCUGCGCGCUGUGGACAAGACGCCGCCGCAGCUAGCGUUUUUAAAUCCCUCUCAUACGAAGAUUUUCGAGGACCCCCGCGUUGAAUACAAAAGUGCCAACUUAAUUAACCCAACAUCAUGCGCCGCAGCAUUAGACCCCGGCGAUGCGCCCUGGGCCAUAGUGUUCAACUGCGCAGGCGAAACGCGCAUGGGCCAAACCGAGGCGGUGUACGCCGAGGGCAUAUGCACGCUCAGCAGCAACGUGGCCAAGCAGUGCGACCAGCAGGGCGUCAGGCUGGUCGAGAUCUCUAGUGGCACCAUGUACAGCACUGAGAAGCCGCACAAAGAAGACGGUCCGGUGGAUCCGUGGACGACGGAAGGCCGCAUGAAGAACAGGGUGGAACAAGAACUGAAAAGCAUGGACACGCUCAAUUAUACCAUCAUUCGGCCCGCUAUAGUGUAUGGAAUUGGAGACAGGAGGAGUUUAACACCUCGCCUCCUCCUAGGCGCCAUCUACAAACACCUAAACGAAACCAUGAAACUCCUCUGGACAGCUGAUCUCAAGAUGAAUACCGUCCAUGUAUCCGACGUCUGCCGGGCCAUGUGGGCUUUAGGCAAUAAGCCAGAGGCCAAUAAGCAAGUGUAUAAUAUCGUGGAUGAGGCUAAUAGUACGCAGGGAAGCUUGGCUGAGCUGGUUUCUGAUAUAUUCAAGAUUAAUCAUGACUAUUAUGGGACUGCUAUCUCAACUUUAGCAAAGAGCGACAUAGCCUCCGUGGCCGAACAGGCCAACGACAAGCACCUGAGCGCGUGGGCCGACAUCUGUCGCCAGCACGCUCUCGCUCACACUCCUCUCGAGCCCGGCGCCGGCGCCGAGCUGCUGCUGAACAAGCAUCUGUGCCUCGACGGGAGCAAGUACAGGGCCAUGCAGGCUCCGGAGGUCCCUAAGCCUACCGCUGAGAAGCUAUCCCAGGUGCUAGAAGACUAUGCUUCCAUGAAUCUCUUCCCCAAGGAACUUCUACUAUGACCACACUAACUUCAUAAACGCGAACUGAACUACCGACAAACAGGAAACCGUCUGAUGAAUAUUUUAUUAUAAUAUUGCUUGUAGAUUUUUAAUCAUAAACGUUUGAUAUCAUGUAAUAGUAAUAGCCUGGCGGUGCAUAACAUGGUUAACUAGCGCCACCUAGUGGCGAGUAGGGAAGACUACCAAAUAAGGUAAACAGUCGAGUUAAAUAUAUUCUUACGCAUUUAGUGGGUGAAUAAGAUAAUAAUAAAACAUUCCAUUCUGUCAAACAUCCCUAAGUUUGUCGCGCUUUUAAACCACACGUAUACAAUCAUUUCUAGGGUGACAACCAUACACUAGCGACAUCUAGUGGUGAAUAGGAGAAAACUAUCGUUAUUAAAAUUAAAAUAUUAUUAUGAAAGUUUAGGUGUACGGUCAAGGAUUUUAAUGUACGGAAUGUACCAUUUUGUACCUUGUCACGAUGACAAUAAUAUGAUACUGGCUCCUACUUUGUGUUGUUCUGAAAAUUGAAUUGUGCCUUGUGUUUUGGAAGCCCGUAAUUGUCUUGGUACUAAGAAAGGUGCGUUUUUCUUUAAAUAAAUAAUUCACGAAUUGGAAGUAAUCCAUUAGAUGAAUGUAUAAGAUGAAAUACUGUCACACACAGUGGCUCUCAUCUGAAUACCACUAAGUCACUUGUGUACUAUACUCAUCUAAAUUAUAAAUAUGUGACGUUCCACGGGAUAAGGUACCUUAUUGCAGUCGAAGUUUACGUAAUUAUUAACGACGCUCCAAUACUAAUGCGGUGCUACGUGACGUAAGCGCCUACCACCGUAAGGUACCUUUACCCGUGGAACGCCACAUAUAAACGAAUUUCGUUUGAGCAGUACGAUGGUGUCGCUUGCGCGCCUUACUGCGUUUUUUUUAAUAUGCUUACUUCGAUCAAAUAAAUGAACGACUACAAUAUUAAGUAUAAUUGAACUUACGAAUAUAUUUUAGACCAAAGCUCGGAACCGGCUUUAAAAAUAACGGUAAAUACCGGUUUAUUUUGAUUUUACUCCUAACUUAUAAUAAAGCGAAAGUUUAAAGAACUUUAUUGUAACCUAAAUAAACCGAUGUAUUCGACGAAGCGACGAGACGGCCGGCCGCGUAGGAAAAUACCGGUUUUUAUUAUUCUAAACCGGUUAAUCUUGCAAGAACUUUAUGGAAAUUUUCCUAUACAAACCGGUUUAAAAACGGACAAAACACAAAUUACAAGGUUUUACGCCAAGUACAUAAUAACGGUCUGGAAAUUUAACCGGUUUCAGAGCCUUGUUUUAGACUAGCAAUAGUCAACGAUAAUUAGUCCUUAUUAUUAUCAAAGAGAAUUUGAAAUAGAAGUGUACUGUCAAAGAAAACUUUGUAGCGAUGUAAAUUUACUGUCAUCUUUCGAUACAAUUAAAACUUUUAGAACGCCAUUUGACUUAGAUCCUUAUUCUUUUACUGAUAUGAGUUAAAUUUGUUAAAUAUCAAAAAGUGGCGCCAUCUAAUAGAUCAAAAGCCAAAGGUAUAGCAGCAUCGUUUCGAGCGAUGCCGCCAUAACCUUCAGGUAGUGCCCGGUAAGAUGGCGCCACUUUUUGAUAUUUAACAUAUUUAACACAUAUCAAUGAAAUAAUGACGAUCAAAGUCAAAUGGCGUUCUAAAAGUUUUAAUCAUGUGUCGAAAGAUGGCAGUAAAUUUACUGUGACUACAAAGUUUUCACAAUACACCUCUAUUUCAAAUUCUCUUUGGUAUAAUUGAACUUUCGAAUGUAUUUUAGACUAGCAAUAGUCAACGAUAAUUAGUUCUUAUGAUGCUCACCAUAAUGUAAGAGAUGAAUUGAUGAAGGAAUUCGUAGAUUUAGUAACGUUUUUGGAUGCUGUGAUAGAGUGCGAGUGAUAUUAACCCUUUCAUGGUGUGUAAUGAAUAUUAAAUGUAUAAAAAAACGGGUCACUCACGUACAUUAUGUCGAGAAAUACCCGCCAUGUUUCACUUUUUUUUUAUACCACGUCGGUGGCAAACAAGCAUACGGCCCGCCUGAUGGUAAGCAGUCACCGUAGCCUAUGGACGCCUGCAACUCCAGAGGUGUUACAUGCGCAUUGCCGACCCUUUAAAAACCUGUACACUUGAAGAACCCCAUACUGUAGACCCUCGGGAAAACCUCGGCAGGGAGCUCAUUCCACAGCCGGAGCGUCCGCGGGAGGAAAUUCCUCUUAAACCGCACAGUACGCGACCAUUUACGUUCUAGGAUUUACGUUCAUCCUCACACAUGAACACCCUGCCGACGGCGAGCGGUGCGGUGAUAGAAAGUAGCCGUGGGCAUCAUGGCAAACAAUUCUUCAGAGCACAGCUCAUUGUACGAGCAGUAAAACACACAAGGAGGCAGUCUCUCCUUAGACUUAAAGGUUCAAUGCCGCUUGUGAGUUUGGGAUCGUCGACGAUUCGUACAGCGCGCCUUUGGACUGAGUCGAAGGGUGCUGGAAUCCAGGUGCUCCUGCCCAAAGGUGACAGUAAUACACCAUGUGGAGUCUGACUUGCGAUGUAUAUAGUAGCAGUCUGCCCCGGAGUAAAGUAUCUCGCUUUAUUAAGCACACCGAGUUUUCUGGAUGCAAGCGCAGCCUUCCCUUCCCACUCCGUACGAGCAGUGUCGUCAGGAGUUUGCGUUAACGGACCGGCGGCGGGAUUUUUCGACUUAAAAUGCGUGAGUGACGACCCGUUUUUAAUACAUUGAAAAUAACUGUCACGGAAGUUUUUUCCGUAAGGAGUAUUUAAUAUUUCCAACAGGAUUGAGACUUGAAUUAACACUUCGGAGUUAAAACUUUUCUUUGCGGUGCUUGACUUUUUGGUGCUCUUUUUGUGUUUUUCGAUGCAUAAUCUCUUUUUUUUACGUUACACAAUAUGAUUUUUCCACCGGCAAAAAUUUUUUACCUAAAAAAACACUUAGAAAAUUAAGAUUCGCAGGGGAGUUUUACACUCAUAUGGAAAUUCCAAGACAAUAAAAUACUAACUAAUAAGAUAAAGACUGCGACGACCAAAAAGCGAUAUAAAAUGCUUUUACUAAAUUGAGUAAGAUAUCGAAAUUACGUCUGUCUUCAGUCCAUCCAAAAGUGUAUGAAAUGUAAGACAUUUGAAAUUCUUUGUAUGAGAUUAAAUCGAGUUAGAAACUAUGUAAUUAAGCUUUUUUGGCGAAAUCAUAAAAUUAGGAAUAGUAAUAUGCAUUACACAUUGUAAUCUUAAUACGUAACUAUUGAUAACGAAUAGUACUUAAAGUUAACUUUUUGAAAUUGUAGUUUAGCCUUUUGAUCGUUAUUAAAAACAAUAAAAUACGUCACGCCUUCUAAAGUGAUCGACAGUUACGUUACAGAUUUUUAUAGUUAACUCGAUAUUCUAGUAAAGUAGUAUGAUCUCUUAGUAUGGAGUUUUGCUAGAUUUUACUUGUCUCAAAAGGUAUAACUUGUUCGUACGAGAGAAAAUCAGUUGUGUACUUUUUGUAUCGUAUAUCACAAUUGCAUGUUACCUAGACGAUUAUAUAAUUAUGUGCUGUACUGCUGUGACAAAAAGUAUUGAAAAUACCCAUAUUGGGAGCGUUUCUGUAAAAAUAUUCCACUUUCAUUAAUUUUGUAUUUUUUUAUAAAUUUUGUGUUUUUUUUUAUUCUCAGAAUAACGAACUUUUUCGAUCCUAACGGGAUAAAAAAAUGUCCCAGAGUUUUUUCCUAUUGUGUUACCAUUUCCCCGUACACUUUGUAUGGCGGUAACAAAAAGGAAAAUUUGAAAAAUUUAUGGAAUUUUUGGGAAUUUUUUUUCUCCUAUAAGGAUGAAAAGGGCUCGCGAUCCUGACUAGAAAUAAAAAAGUGGCAGAAAAAAGUUCACAGAAAAAAAGUGGACAAAAAAAACGCUCAUAUUAGACUUACAUGGGAUGUCCACAUCAAAAAGGCCCUUGAGAGCACGUAUGAAGUUGCAAGUUAUUGGUUUGUUUUCACAGUUGCCAAAAUUGCUGCCUCACUGAACUUUCUAUCCAACUAUGAAUUAUAUAAUGACAUUUCCACACUUUGUUUCGUUAAAUCCGGUGCAUAUUUGUAGUCAGUUUUUUUAGCAUUAGAAAAAGGUAAAAAAUCUUGUCAUGUAUUGUUAUUGAAAAACGCUUUUUGAAAAUCAGUAACUAUUUACCUAAGAAUGCAAAAUAAUAUAAAUGAUCAUAUAAUUCAUAUAUGUUUUAUAAUUGUUACAUAUUUGCCGUGACUUACGGCCCGAUUCGAAGAAUGAUUAAGACACAUUUAUGAUCUUUAAAAGAUCGUUAACUAAACGACAUGUCAAAAUUGACGUUUAUUUCGAUUCCGCUGUGAUCCCUCUACGAUCUAUCUACGAUAUUUCUAACGUCAAAGUGACAUUGGUUGCCCAAAUUGAACUGCUUCUGUUAAUUAUACGACAUACAUACGAUAUCUAAACCAGAACUUAUCGUUAUCGUAUCUCAUUCUUCGAAUCGGGCCGUUAUAUUUCAAAAGUUCUGUCUAAAGCUAAAAAACGAACUAUAGGUUAGAAUGACUCUGGAUUCUUCUUCCUCGCGUUGUCCCAGCAUUUUGCCAUGGCUCAUGGGAGCCUGGGGUCCGCUUGGCGACUAAUCUCAAGAAUUGGCGUAGGUAUAAUUGGGGUUGGCUGGGUUUUAUGAAAGCCUUCCAACGCAGAGGUUAAACUAGGCCUUAUUGGGAUUAGUCCGGUUUCCUCACGAUUUUUAUCCUAGAGACUAGGAUUAUUCGAACUUAAAAGAUCCGUAUAGAAGAAACUAUUCCGAAAGAUUUUUCAAGGCCCUUUUUCAUCCUGGACAUUUUAUUUUCUAUAAAUGAACGUUGUUCGUCACCGUAUUUGCUGAAUAAAAAGGUAACCGGUCCCUGUUCGUGGCAUUUCGGUGCAGUGGUCCGCAUUUUAUAGCUGUUUUAGAUCUAGCGCUUCCAUUUUAUAUUAUACUAGGUGGAGCCUGUAACUGGGCCAAAUAUUAAAUAUAUGACUUUAUAGAAGUUUUGUUUAACACGUUCACUGUCAGUGCACCGUAAAUGGGCAAACCGUAAGGUUAACAAUUCAGAUUGGGACAGUGAACGUGUUAAACAACAUAAAUUACCUACCGUUAGAUUUUGUACUCUUGUUGCAGACCCACCGUGUAUGUCGGUUUUGUAUUUGUGAGACCACUUAAAUAUAUGUAUUAUUCAAUAUCGUAUUAUAAAAUUACGUAUUGUUUUAAAAGUAAAAUGUUAAUCGCUAGUGAAACUUGUGUUGCGAAAGCGAAAUAAAUAUUUUUAUUUGC